CUUCUUUAUAUAUACCCUAACUUGCAACAAUAAGCUAGCACUUGUGUGGAUCAAAAGAAAGAAAGAAAAAAGAAAAUCAAGAAAGACGACUAAAUUGCAGCUUGCGUGCAUCUUCCAUGAUCAGUCAUGUCUAAGAUCUCAGUUCUUUGUCUCCUCGUCCUUCUUUUGCUCUUCUAUUCUUACGCAUCCUCAGGAAAUGGUGCCGAAGGCUUUGUCCAUGACAAUGGUGCCAUGAAUCCAGCUUCUCUUCAUGAGGGUAAUGGUAUGAAGGUCGAGAAGAUAUUUGCAACGAGAAAGCUACUGGCAGAACCUUAUCAUGCAGUACUUGAUUAUGAUUAUGCAGGGCCAAACCCCAAACAUGAACCAAGGAAAGGCAAGCCUGGUGGUGGAUGGUAGAGACAACACAAUAUCGACUACUAGUACGUAGCUAAUACACUCACAAUGAAUCCUCAACAUCUCCCCUUGUUCGUCCAUCGAUCUCAAUUUCGCUUACCAUAUAAACUAUUAAGAGUUAAGAAUAAGAGAAAGUGUUCUCUACUUAAGGAACAACAAUAUAAUUCUUAUAUGAGUUUCUAAAAUGAUCUCUUCAUGCUUAUGAUAAUGGGAGAUUAAUAUUCAGGUUUGAUUAAUGUAAUUAAAUACUUGCUAGUUAGCUAAUUAAAUUAGCUUUGUGUUAUUAUGGACAUUCUAUUAUGUAGCAACAUUUUUUAUCACACACUUGAAGAUAUGAAGAUUAAUCUUCUUUUA